GUGAAAGUAAAACAGACUUCGUUCUGGGCCUCCAUUUUACAUCUUCGGCAGAUUUCGGCCACUAAAGACUGUGAACACGGAUUUCAGGUCAGACUGACCUCCUCGACUUGAAUCACGCCCAAAACCAGCCUCGUCAGGAAAAAUCCACCGCCGCUUUUUUUUUUGUUUGUUUGUUUGUUUGUUUGCGGUUAUUACGUUACCUUGGAUUCAGUAAAAAGAUACAAUGGAUAAUCGGAUGAUUCACUUUUAUUUUCUGGUCCUUCUUUCCUCGCCUUGCUGUGUUGCUCCCGAGACGUUCACUGUUUCAGUAAAGUCUCAUGUCUCCGUCCAGCGAGGCCUUACAGCAACCUUACCCUGCUGGCUCACCCCCUCUUACAGUCCAAAAGAUAUGGAGGUACGCUGGUAUCAAGGGAGUGAUCAGUAUGACACUCCUGCCCUGCUUUUUAAGGAAAACGCUUUAGACUACUCAUCCCAGAAAGCUUCCUACGCUGGCCGAGUCUCAUUUGGCUUUAAGGACAAAACAUCAGCUGGAUUAGAAGGAGGCGACGUCAGCCUGAAGCUGGAAAACGCCACAGUUGAAGAUGCAGGAAUAUAUACCUGCUAUGUUAGCAGCUCUAAAAAUUAUGACAGUGCAACUGUUAGUCUGAGUGUGACAGAAACUGGACGCUCGCCUCUCCUGUCUGCGGUGAUGACAGACGAUAACAAAGUUAAUAUAAGCUGCCAAUCUGACGGCUGGCAUCCAAAGCCUGUGCUGAGCUGGUCAGACAGCAAAAAGGCUCUCACACCUGCUAAUGUGUUGUUUAGCAAAAACUCUGCUGGUUUUUAUUCGGUCCAUAGUUGGGUUCUGGUCUCCAGUCCCUUUGAGGUCUCCUGCUCUGUUGGGCUCUCCAAUGAAGCACCAAAAGAGGCCAGAAUGCGCCUGGAAAAUCCUCUACCAUUACAUGGAGAGUCAGGAUCCUCUGCUGGAUGGGUGGCCUUUGGGAUACUUCUGGCAGCUGUGUUAACGGCAUUUGGAGCCUUGUACUUUCUGUACUUCAAGAAGAAAGCCAACAAAUCAAAAUCAGGAAAUGAUGCAACUGAUGGGGCCAAACUCACAAGCAUUUCUGAAGAGGGUGAACCACUUCUAUCAAAAAUAACACGGCAGCAAGCACUUCUAUUGGAAGCCUCCAAGAAUUAUGAGAAUGUUCAACUGGUGGACACAGGCAAUGAACUAAUAACAAUCAAAGAUUUUAAACUGAGAGAUAAUAUUCAUGCGAUGUUUCCUGAUGGAGACAGAGUCACCUGUCUCACUGCAGUCAGAGGAUCACCUGGCUUCUCUUCUGGACGAUGCUACUGGGAGGUUUCCUUAGAAACUGCAACUGCAAACCUUAAGAAGUCCUGGUGGAUCGGAGUUACAGAUAAACAUGAAAUCCCUCAGGAUGCCAGUUUCCCUCCAACCACAAAAAAUGGUUUCUGGUUCUUGUCUUCUUGCCCCAAACAGGAGGAUACUCUUCAGUUUAGCACUGAACCAGAGACAUUCAUUUAUGUCCAGUCAAAACCAAAAACAGUCGGUGUGUAUUUGGACUUUGACAACAGAGAGCUCUCCUUCUAUAAUGUGGAAGAAAAAUGUCUGAUUGGAUCUCUGGCAGCAAAUUUCACAGGUGAACUGUUCCCACUUUUUAACCCUGGAAAAGGUGACAGAUCACCUAUGACGAUAGUACAGAGUCCUGUGCAGCAUCAGUCAAAUAACACUGAGCCUGUGCAGAAAUUACAAAAGACAGAGAAGGACCAAUCAGAUAUGAGUGAGAAUGCAGAGGCAGAAAGUUAAAAUGGUACAAAUGAAGAAGAGGGUAGAGAGAGGGGCUACACAGUGUAAUGCUGUCCUGCAUGCAGCAAAGUAAAUAAAUUUACAUUCCUGUGUUGUCUUUGGUAAAUAUGUAGAGUCAUAAAUAAUGUUUAAAUGUGUGUUAACUCUCAGUGAAUUUUUACUCACAUAUUGUAAACCUGACUAAAAUUUUCCUUUUGUCAACAAGUACUAAUACAACCUUUUAUAUGGGUUGUUAUAAAUAUUUUUGUUAUGUUGUUAUAUUUUGAAGCUAGUCAAAGCUGCCUAUUCUCACUACCUUCCAUUUAAUGUAUGUUCUUUGGAAUAGCUGUCAAGGUGAUGUUUUGGACACUAAUUUGACUUUAUUUUGUCUUAUUUUUAAUAGUUCAGUAAAUGAUGUUUAUAUGAUGUUUAAUGGAUGUGCAUGUUUCAGGGAUGACUCAGAAGCCAGUCUAAUAGAUUUUAUCACCGCUUUAGAUAAACUCUACUAGACUGGGCCCUCAAAGCAUUGGGAGAACAUGUAUAAUACCUGAAACAUUUUAGCCACAAUAAUGGGAAAGCAUGAAUUAUUUAUUUUAUGGCUCCUCAGUAGCAUAAAGAGCUCCUUCGAGUCUCAACUUGAGCUAGUUACAGGUCAUGAUACAUCCCAAAAUGUAAAAAUAAAAAUUUGCACCUUGUUAAAAAAAUUGACUUUUUAUAGUCAAUCAAUCAAACUUCCAUGAAAUGUUUGAAAACGGUUAAUUACCAUAAUUAGCAUAAAAUGCAUUUAAAUAUUUGAUACUGUGGUGGAAAAUUGUGCAAGCUUUUUGUGUCAGUCUGUACUCAGAUUGUGCUGAUUUAAAAUUUUUGAUAAUAAAUAGAUUCAAAUUUGAAGGAACAAUAGAAGAUAAAUAUGUGUGCACUCAAUGUCCCCUCACUUUUUUACCACCUCUUCUUGUAAAUGUGUUGUGUUUCUAACUGAAGAUUUCAGAACAUUGUAUGAGACAUAUUCACCAGGUUUAUUUUUUAUAUAUAUAUAUAAAGAAAAAUAUAAUAAUCUGUG